CUCCCGAAUCUCUUACCACUCCCCCCUUCAGAACUCCUCUCCAACCUUCACCCUACCCUGAAGCGGUCCCUCCUCCUCCCGAACCCGCUCCGGCCCCUCCAACCGUUCCCCCGCCUCCCUCGACGGUUUCUCCUCCCACGCCCCUUGCUUCCCCAAUUAGUGCACAUACACGCUCUCCCGACUCCCAAGAUUCAAAUCUCCUCUGCCCUCUGAGGGAGGUAGCAGGAGCGGAAGGGUUAGUUAGAGUUCAUGUUCCCUUUUCUCUCCAAGAUCUCUCUCAAAUAGAAAAGCGAUUAGGCUCCUUUUCUGCCGACUCUUCCCGCUACAUCAAAGAAUUUCGCUCUCUCUCUCAAGCUUACGAUCUAACCUGGCACCUGGCACGAUAUCUUUGUGAUCCUAUCUUCUACUCUGACCCCUGACGAGAGGGAAAGAAUUCAGACUGCUGCCCGAAACCAUGCAGAUCAGGUUCACGUAACCGACAACUCCAUGCCUGUCGGAGCGACUGCCUAUCCAGGCUGGACUUAUUAGGAUGGCCAAGAUGGCCGUCGUAAACGCGACCUCAUGAUCCAAUGCCUCCUGGCUGGCAUGCAGGCUGCCGCUCAUAAGGUGGUCAAUUUUGAAAAACUAAAAGAGAUAACCCAAGAACCUAACGAAAAUCCAGCUAUCUUUCUCAAUCGCCUUACAGAGGCCUUAACUCUCUACACCCGGCUGGAUCCCGACAUCCCAGCAGGGGCAGCGGUCCUAGCCACCCAUUUUAUCACCCAAUCAGACCCGGACAUCCGAAAGAAAUUAAAACGGGCAGAAGACGGCCCUCAAACCCCUAUUCGAGAUCUGGUAAAAAUGGCCUUUAAAGUCUAUAAUGGCCGUGAGGAUUUGGCAGAAUCCAGCCGACAGGCUCGGAUGCACCAGAAGGUGGCCCUCCAAACCCAAGCUCUUGUAGCCGCCCUAAGGCCGGCCAUCUCCCAUGGAUCACAGCAUCCACGGGGUCCGCAAAAGGCAACCCUGCCGGGGGCCUGCUUCAAAUACGGAAAAGAAGGCCACUGGGCUCGCCAAUGUCCCAAUCCCCAACCUCCUUCUAAGUCCUGUCCCAGCUGCGGGCUAACGGGCCACUGGAAGAGUGACCGCCCUACGACUGGCCCUCCCUCAGCGUCUCCACGCGGGGGGGGGGGGGGGGGGGGGGGCGGCAGGCCGACCCAACGGCAUUACCACUCGAACUGCUGGGAUUGGCUGACAACAGACGGUGCCCGGACUCGAAGACCCCCAUCACCCUCGCCGAGCCCAGGGUAACGCUACAGGUAGCAGGUUCCUUCGCAGGCGCAUGGAGGAAGUCUCUCGGGUGGCCACCAACCAAAUGCUCCU